AUGCUGGUUACAGAUCUUCCGUUCGAGAUAAUUUCUCUAAUCAUAGGAUACCUCUCCACAAAAGACAGAAAUCAAUGCUCUAUUGUCUGCCAAGCAUGGAAAUUGCCAUCAACAGAGGCCCUCUGGAAACAACUCAACAUUAGAUCCAAAAAGCAAAUCCGUGGACUUUCUUCAAUUCAACAGAGCCUUCCUGUACAAACCUUAUGUCUCCACCCAUUUCUCUCCAUAAACCCUCAGCAACUCUUCUGGAUCCAGAAUCACUUUCCAAAACUGCGUUCCGUUUGUAUAUCACCAGAAGCUCUUCAUCCAGACUGCUUAGAUACUACGCUUGCGGAUUGGACUCUCUGGAGAUCCUUGACCAAGCUUGAAUUGUGCACCGACAAUCUGCGAGUCCCUAAAGAAACAAUCCUAUAUACACUUUCUGCUCUCUCCUCUCUCACCUCCCUCUCUUGGAUUCAGUCCACUGAUGGUACAUCCUCGCCUCCUUUUGGCUGGAAAGAUCUCGAGGCUCUACACACCAAUUUACCCCGUUUGGUUACUCUAUAUUUAAAAGCCAGGAUGGAUCAACUUUCUGCGGAACAGAUUCAGCUUAUUAGUCGUAGUCAAAGUUUUAGUCCAGCACGCUGUCUUACUUGUAUGACAUGGGAGGUCAAUACACUCGAACCCCAUUGGUUAAUCUACUGGGCAUACAAGUAUCCCAACAUUUGCUCACUUCAAUGGCUUACAAUUGAUCAUGAUACCAAAUUUGACUCGGGGACCGAGAUUAUCACACUUCCCGAAACUCUGCCAAGUUCAUUCCAAAAGUUAGGCAAUCUCACUUUAGAGGGUGUGUUUUACACACACAGACCACAACAUGCUCUGUUUCUACUUCUCCAUCGCUCAAAUGUCCAUCUCAAAUCUAUCCAGUGCUCUAUCUACAUCAACCAACGGGGCUCGCAAAAGAUUCCGUCUAUCCUCAAUGACAUUAUGCAAUCCUCUAGUUCUCUCCAAUCUCUUAAACUAAACAUUCAUGGCGAUGUUGAUGAUCCCAAUCUUCUGCCCAGCCUGUUUAAAACCUGUCCUAGACUAUUGGUAUUAUCCAUUCGUGGAAUGCGAAUGCACCUUUCCCUGGAUCGAAUUCUCGACAAAUGUGUCUCACUUGAAUCUUUGUACAUAAACGUAUCCCGCCUUCACGUUGAAGCUACAGCUCCGGCACAUUCAAUCCAAGCCAUUGUGCUCACGGCUGGAUUUCUCAAUUCUUCUGAGCUUACUUUCCUUUCUAAAAGAUGUACAGAGCUUAAGACACUGGGUUUGGUGGAUCUCAUUUUGAGAACUGACGAAGCAACGUCGCACGGCCAGGCAUUAUCACUUGAUCUUUCUUCUCUGCAUCUACGCACCUUGUGUGUUAAGAGAGUGAUGUUUUACAAGUCAAAUGUUGGCACAGACAGACCAAAAUUACAAAGGCUAGCCUUAGUUCUGCCACAAACAUCUAUACUCAACAAUGAUGAGCGGCCGCAACGGAUACCUCACUGUGAAAGAAUGUUCUUUACGGACAACACAUUCUGCGAGACAACGCUCAAAACCCGGAUCAUUAAGACCUGCUUCUUGCCCAAACCUAUAGCUGGAUGCGUUACAGCCAAAGUUCGAUAUGAUAGAAAGGACAUGGAUUUGUAG